UGUCAUGUGUUACUCACACCACCGAACAGGUGCCUUAUUUGUAUGCAGUAAUAUCAGUCAGUAUCCGGCACCCGUCGACAGUGUACGUUUGCAUGUGUCCGUAGAUAUCAGUGGAUUGACUGUCAAAAAUGAUUUACCGAAAUUGUUUAAGCUGAGAUCGCCAAAGAAAGCCGAAGAAUGGGAGGAAUAAAUUGGAACGAAUUAUUCCCGGGAAGAUGGAGUCUGAUUAUCUUUGUUUCUUACAUAGCACUUUUUGUAAAUCAAGGUAUUCUCGUAACGUGGUCUCAAAGAAGUGGUCGUUAUGAGUACAAUAUUGUAAUAGUCGUAUUAAUGACAGAGAUUUUAAAAUUAAUCGUAUCCACGAUGCUCUAUUGUAAAGACAAUCACAUCCUAAGCCUGCUUCAGGAGAUAAAGAAGAAUAAAAAAGUGCUCCUACUUUACAUGAUACCCGCGCUUUUGUACUGCCUCUACAACAAUCUAGCAUUCGUCAAUCUGGCUAGAUUUGACCCCACGACUUACUACGUCCUGUUGCAGCUUCGCGUUGUAUUAACAGGCAUCAUCUUCCAGAUCAUUUUUCACAAGAAGUUAUCUGGGAUGCAAUGGUUCUCACUGGUGAUCUUGACAGUUGGUUGCAUGGUGAAGCACUUUGAUACGCGUGUUCUUAGCACGGAGUUCCACAUAGACAUAUCUCUGCUGCUAAUUCUCAUACAGACAACGUGUUCGUGCUUAGCUGGUGUAUAUAAUGAAUACUUGCUCAAAGGACAAGGCGCAGACAUUAACAUCUUUGUACAGAAUGUAUUUAUGUAUAUUGAUAGCAUUCUCUGCAACAUAGUGGUAAUCGUUUUACUAAGUACGUUCGAAAACGGUAUCAGCGAUAUCCUUAGCAGCGUCGACAUCAGUGCGUGUUUGCAACCAAAGAUAUUAUUAAUUAUGUUAAAUAAUGCACUCGUUGGCAUAAUAACGAGUUUCUUUCUGAAAACCUUAAAUUCUAUACUAAAAACCUUCGCCAGUGCAUUGGAAUUGGUUUUUACAGCAACGCUCUGCUGGAUCUUGUUCAGUAUACCUGUUAAUAUAAACACAAUCAUUUCUAUAGCGAUGGUGAGCUGUGCUGUGGUUUUAUAUUCGAGAAAUCCCGUACAGAAUACUUUACCAAAGGAAACGAUAGAGAAUAGAAAGCUUUUAGUGUGAACAUUGAUAGGGAAUCGUCAGUAUUAAAUUCCUUCAGAAUAUUUUAAAGCAAAACACCAAAUACGAUUGUAGAAUAAAAGUAUUACCGAUAUUCAGUUAUAAUUGUUUGAUUGUUAUAUGUACAUAGAUUUUAUUGAUGAUGUAUUAUAAUGUAAUUUAUAUAUGCGGUAUUUUAUUAAUAUAAAAUAAAAUAUUAAUUUAAAAGAC